UGGGUGGGGGAAGGAGAGGAAGAGGAGGGGGCGGCGGCGGCCAGAGGCUGGACGGAUCCGCGCGGCGACGGCGCGCAAGCCGGGAGGAGGAGGCGCGGAGGAGGAGGCAAGGCGAGAGCAGCGCGGCCAAGUUGCCCGGCUCGGGAUGCAUUCGGACUGCCGGCUGCUGCGCCCGAGACGCGGGGUAUGGUGAGCAGCCCGGAGCGCCCGCUCCCCCGGGGGACCCGGUCGGCGCUGGCCUCCCUCCUCCUCCUCCUGUUGCUGCUCAGGCGGGACGCGGCGGCGCAGAAAGGUGAUGGAUGUGGACAUACCGUUUUAGGUCCUGAAAGUGGGACUUUUACAUCUAUUAACUACCCGCACGCCUAUCCAAACAGCACUGUGUGUGAAUGGGAGAUUCGAGUAAAGCCCGAGCAGAGAGUGCAGCUCAAAUUUGGGGAUUUCGAUAUUGACGAUUCAGAUUCUUGCCAUUUUAAUUACGUGAGAGUUUAUAAUGGAAUUGGACCCACAAGGACAGAAAUAGGAAAAUACUGUGGUUUAGGCUUACAGAUGGAGAAUUUAAAUGAAUCAAAGGGUAAUGAAGUUACAGUACAAUUCAUGAGUGGCAUACACUUCUACGGACAUGGGUUUCUUGCAUCCUAUUCAACCACUGACAAAGCAGAUUUAAUAACGUGUUUAGACACUGCAAGUCAGUUUUCUGAGCCAGAGUUCAGUAAAUAUUGCCCAGCUGGAUGUGUGCUUCCUUUUACUGAUGUUUUUGGGACUGUUCCUCACGGUUACAGAGAUUCGUCCUCCAUUUGCAUGGCUGGGGUGCAUGCAGGAGUGGUGUCCAACGUCCUAGGAGGUCAGAUCAAUGUUGUAAUCAGCAAAGGCAUUCCAUACUAUGAAAGUUCUCUGGCUAACAAUGUCACAUCAAAAGCAGGAGCACUGUCUUCAGGUCUCUUCACUUUCAAAACUAGUGGUUGCUACGGGACACUGGGAAUGGAGUCUGGAGUCAUUGCUGAUUCGCAGAUUAAUGCAUCGUCAUUUCUCGAAUGGCCUGAGCAAGUGGGGCAACCCAGCACCUGGAGACCAGAAAGAGCCAGGUUGAAAAGGCCUGGACACUCUUGGGCAGCUUUUACCAAUGAUGGAUAUCAGUGGUUGCAAAUAGACCUAAACAAAGAGCAACGCAUAACAGGUAUAAUAACCACUGGAUCCACCUUAGCAGAGUACCAUUAUUAUGUCUCUGCCUACAGGAUUCUGUACAGGAACGAUGGGCAGAAGUGGACAGUAUACAAAGAACCUGGUGUUGAGAGGGAUAAAGUAUUUCAAGGAAACACUGGGUAUUAUCAAGAAGUCCGCAAUAACUUCAUUCCACCCAUUAUUGCUCGUUUCAUCAGAAUAAACCCUUUGAAGUGGCAUCAGAAAAUCGCAAUGAAAGUUGAACUGCUAGGAUGUCAGUUUAGUGUUGUUCGGGCUCCAAGACCUACAGUACCCCCACCACCCAGGAACAGCAAUGACUUUCCCUCGCACACUGAUAAAACCACCUUCACUCCAGAGAUCAAGAACACUACAGUGGCUCCAAGUGUAACCAAAGAUGUGGCAUUGGUAGCUGUUCUGGUUCCUGUGUUGGUCAUGGUCCUCACCACCCUCAUCUUGAUCUUAGUUUGUGCCUGGCAUUGGAGAAACAGAAAGAGAAAAUCAGAAGGAACCUAUGACAUACCAUAUUGGGAUCGUGCAGGUUGGUGGAAAGGCAUGAAGCAGUUUCUUCCUGCCAAGUCUGUAGAGCACGAGGAAACGCCCGUUCGUUACAGCAGCAGUGAAGUUAGUUGCCUUAGAUCAAGAGAAGUUGCAACCAUGUUACAAACCCAAACUGCAGAGUAUGCACAGCCGCUGGUGGGAGGAAUUGUUGGCACACUUCACCAGAGAUCAACCUUUAAACCUGAAGAAGGAAACGAAACAAGCUAUGCUGAUAUGGAUCCUUACAAUUCACCCGAGCAAGAGAUUUACCAUGCCUAUGCUGAACCGCUACCUAUCACUGGACCAGAAUAUGCAACACCAAUUGUGAUGGAUAUGUCAGGUCAUCCUGCAGCUCCUCUGGGCAUUUCUACUGUAUCUACUUUCAAAGCUCCAGGAAAUCAAGCCGCUCCCAUAGUUGGGGCAUACAGCAAACUUGUUUCCAGAUCAGAUAGUUCAUCGCCUACUCGAGUACUCUACGACACACCCAAAGGAAUGCCAGGACUCAAUCCCACAGAUGAAUUGGUAUACCAGGUGCCACAGAACAUGCCACAUUCCACAGAGAAGAAAGAAGAUGUUAGUUAGAGAAUGUGGCUUUCAAAAAUUAAAUCCUUUGGAGAUCACUUUUUGCAUUGGGAGAAAAAUGUGUGACUUGAUGGAGCCCAAAAAAUGAGUCAAUUGCCCUUUUGAGGGUCUGUACACAACUACUGCUUUCCUGUUUAUAGAAUGAUGGGCUUUCCAUUCACUACUGAUGGGCACUACAUUUUUUUGCUAGACAGGUGUGAGAAGCUUUCAAAGAUGCUGAAUCGCUGAGUGUAAAUACAUGCUCCACAACAGAUAUAUAAUGUGCCACUAUAGAUAUAUAAUUAAUCAAAAUGAUCUAUGGUCCAUGAGCCAAGAAAAGGAAAGGUACUGUUCUGGAUAUAGAAAAAGUCACUGAGUCCAAGAAACCAAUUUCAAAUUAAUUGAUAUCUAGCAGGCUGGUAUUUUCAUAAGGCUUCACAUUGUAAAAGUAAACUGAUUAUUGUGCUUCCUGUAACAGGAAGUUAGUGGCAAUUAUAAGGAAAAUUGAUCCCUAAAAUUAACAAGAGUUUCCUUUGUUGAUUUCUUUGAUGAAAUCAAUUAGUAGUGUAGAAAAUACCUGGAAUCUCUGGCAAGCAUGACUUGCUAUACACUAGUAAUCACUCGCUCUUGAUCCCUUUGGAGUAGCUUCGUAUGAAUUCUGUUCUCCCUACUUUUUUAAAAAAAUACCAGGGUGCUCCUUUCUAUUUCCUAGGGGGGCGAAUUCCCUGAAGAUGAUACAUUUGCUAAAAUUUGUUACAGGGCUAAAAAGGACCUUGGUGGGAAUCCUUGGCUCAACUAAAACUAUAAUUUCUAUAAAAAAAAUACCCCAAAGCCCUCCAAUGAUGGCCUCAAACAGCAUUUUUUUUUUUAGAUUAAAGGAAGGGAUAUUUUUAAGGAGGGAAGGAUAAGUUCACUUCUGUAAAACAUAAGCACACUGGCAUCAUUGCAUGUAGGUUUUUAAUGUAAAUCAGGGUGUCUUUACAUGCAUAGAUGAACAGCUUGGUUUUCCAAUAUGAUUUUAGGUCUAUGCCUUAAGAAAAUGCAUAUAUGCAUUGAUGUCAUGGAGCCUUCUGAAUGCGAGGUGGCGAUUAGAUUGAAAUAUAGCAAUGUUUAAAGUAUUGGCAUUUGAUCUACUAUGUAUUGCAUAAAAAAUAACUCUUUUUCACCCCCAGAUUCUUCAAGUUCAAAAUUAUCAUACAAUCUCAUUUGGGACUAAAGGUAUUUCACCUUCUAACUCCUAGUGGAAUUAUUUUUCCAAGGUUUAUAUACUUGAAACCAGUUAGUAACUUUGUGCACAAUGAGAAUUGCUGAAAGCAUAGCUGUAUAACCUACAAGCCAGUCUCCCUUUGGCCAUGCUUUAAAUGUGUAUAUAUUUUUUAAAAAGCACAUUAGGGUGACAUGAAAAGAAUGCUGUGUUUUUAUUGUAUUAUAACAGCACUGUAGCGAUGAUGUAGAACAGAUAAAUGUGAUAUCCCUUCUAUACGCAAUAGCCCAGUUUUAUGGACUUCAUUAUGAACAUAUAGUUCAAAAGAAUAUUGGGUAUUAUCCCGUUGUGUCCGUCUGCUAGCAGAGCAGAUGGUCCACUUGCAGAAUGAGACUUUCUCCCUUCCUUUCCUCCUCUGCACGACACCAAAUCUGCUUCAGAGAGAGAGAAGGUGGCAGGGGGUUGAAGGGUAAGGAAGCUAAAAUCCACUUGUGCUGUAUUGGAUACUGCUCAUUUCUACUUUUCUCGUCUGUAUUGUUGAAUGCACAAUAUAUCUCAAUGUAGCUGGCUGGAAAGGUAAAUCAUGACAAUCACAACUCUUAAAUGUAGAUAGUACUCCUUAGCCCAGCUUUCUCCAGCCUUGGGCCCCUUGGGCCCCUAUAGCUGGGACUGAAGCCCAUAACUGCUUGAGAGCAACAGCCUUACUCCAAUACAGUGGUGCCUCGCUUAACGAAUGCCCUGCUUAACGAAAUUUCUGCUUAACGAAAGGUUUUUUCUAGCGGAGGUUGCCUCGCUAGACGAAUUCGUUUUACGAAAAAUUCAUCUAGCGAAUCGCGGUUUCCCAUAGGAAUGCAUUGAAAUUCAAUUAAUGCGUUCCUAUGGGCAAAAAAAAAAUUCCAAAAAAAAUUUCAAUGCAUUCCUAUGGGAUU